UAUUAAUAUUUAAUAUCAUGAUGAUCACUAGAAGAAAAUAUUAAAGGAUUGUUGUAGAAGAUUAAAAGCCUGAUUUGAAUGUGAUUAGGGUAGCUAAUAAAGCUCAAUUAUCAAGCCAAGUCAGAAAAGCUUUAUGGCUAUUGUAAGGUAAUCGUAGAGAAGAUUAACCCCCUGUUUAAGAUACAAUUUACAUCACAGCUAUUGAAAAUGCCAUCUCAAAAGCUGUUAUUAUUGCUGAAGUGGUUAGAAGAAGAAUUGCUGGACUCUAUCAAAUAAAUAAAAUUUAGGCUGUCUAGAUUAAUGAAGAAUAUGAUCCAUUAGAAGAAGGAUUAGUGAAAGUCAAAAUUACUAAGAAUUUGGCUUCACUUUAAAUCAAAUUAACCAAAACACCAACAGAAUAAGACAGAAAAGAGCCUGGAUUCCUUGUAUAUAAUAUUUUAAAUUAUUUUAGGAACCAUUACCUGCUGAUUAAGUUUAACCAACUAGAGAAAGAAAUGAUAGAUAAAGAAGUGGAAGCAGAAGACCAAGAAAUGACAGCUAAAGAAAUAAUAAUAGAGACAGAAGAGAUAACAGAGAUAACAGAGAUAACAGAGACAAUAGAGAUAACAGAGAUAGAAGAGAUAACAGAGAUAGAAGAGAUAAUAGAGAUAGAAGAGAUGAUAGAGAUUAUAAAAGAGACGAUAGAGAUAAUAGAAGAGAUAAUAGAGAUAACAGAGAAGAAAGAGAUACAAGAAGAGACAAUAGAAGAGAUAAUAGAGAUAACAGAGAUAACAGAGAUAAUAGAGAUAAUAGAGACAAUAGAGAUAAUAGAGAUAAUAGAGAUAGUAGAAGAGAGAACAGAAGAGAUGACAAUAGAGAUGAAAAAAGAAGAAACAAUAAUCCUAAGAAUGAAGACAAUACCGAAAGACCUACAACAUAAAAAGUUAGAGGUGCUCCAAGACCUUAAUAAUAAAAUUGAGUAUUAAUAACAUAGAAAUAUAAAGAGAUAUUAAAUAGCUU